GCAUGGCGACCGAGCAGCACGACGCGUUCUUCCUCGACGCCCACCUCAAGUACGUGGCGAACCUCUCGAAGCAGAAGGAGAGCCUCGAGAGCUGCAUGAGCGAGCACAUGCGCGUCUCCGGCUUCUACUGGGCGGUCGGCUGCCUCGCCGCGCUGGGCAAAGAGGCCGCGACGCCGGCGCCGCUCGUCGACUGGCUCAUUGCGUGCCAGCACCCGAACGGCGGCUUUGGCGGCAACCUCGGCCAUGACCGCCAUCUGCUCUACACGUGUCACGCUGUCUUGGCACUCGUGAUGCUCGGAAGAGAAAGCGUCGUGCUCGUGGACGAGACCGCGGCCUUUGUCGCGUCGCUCCAGCAGCCCGACGGCUCGUUCGUCGGCGACGAGCACGGCGAAGUCGACACCAAGUUUACGUACUGCGCGCUGAGCGUUCUCAAGAUCCUCAAGCAAGAGCACGUGAUUGACAACGACCGCGCCAUGGCGUACUUGGCCACAUGCAAAAACUUUGACGGCGGCUUUGGCAACAUUCCUGGCUGCGAGUCGCAUGGCGGGCACAUCUUUACGGCGGUCGGCGCACUCUCGAUGGGCCAGCAGCUCAACAAGUACGUCGACGCCAACGGCCUUGGCUGGUGGCUCUGCGAGCGGCAGUGCGACUCGGGCGGUCUCAAUGGCCGCCCCGAGAAGCAGGCAGACGUGUGCUACAGCUGGUGGAACAUCUCGUCGCUCGUCUUGCUCGGGAAGCUCCAUUGGAUCAACCGCGAGAAGCUCAUCCAGUUCAUCUUGAACUGCCAGGACAAGGAUGACGGCGGGAUCGCGGAUCGUCCUGGCAACGUCGCGGACAUUUACCACACGUUCUUCGGCAUUUGCGGCCUCAGCAUGCUUGGCUAUUUCGACGGCAAGGAAGAAUUUAGCAGCUUCCAACGCAUCCACCCCGUCUUUGCCAUCCCCGAGGGCGACGUCGAGCGCUUGCAGCUGACGGCGCAGAUCUUGCCGUAGCCCAAUGACUACUAAUCGUGCUUUGUUUCCAUGGAACGUGUCGGCGAGACGAAGCGCAUGUAUGCAUGAGACGAUCGCGUUCAUUUCGCGGAUAACCAAUGAUGCGCUUAAAG